AUGGGCGACAAGCAAAGACUUUACCUGGCCGUCUACCCCAGUGGCAUCCAGGAUGAUCCCGAGUUGUGGUUUGCCUAUGGGUUCCUCAUAGGCCCCAAGAAGGAGUACGGCUCCCCGGUACCUGGAUAUGUGGUGGAACCCGGACAAACUAAGAUCGGAAACACUGUGAUCCCCAUUUGGAGAUAUGGGACCGUGGAAACGCAAGAUGUUUCUGCGCGUCCCUACCUCCUCGCCCGCAUCCUGAUCGCCAAAAUUACGGACUUUUCGCGUCUGACCACACUCCUGAGGACCGUCCAGCUGGUCCAGGGCGGCAGCCCCGCGACGAUGUCGAUGAUCUGGGCGAGACAGGCGCUCAACGCCAUCAAACAUGACGGGAGAUGUGUAGGCACCUCGGUGCUCGACUGGGCCCGGGUGGACGAAAGCGCGAGAAAGUACGCGGACGUGAAAAACCAGCUAUUUCCCAAGCCGACGUACUGCUUGAUAACGGACAGGGAGCUGGUCGGGUGGUAG